UGAAGUGCUGCUUUAGAAGGCCCGAUGCACUUGCAAACAACAUUCAGCCUGCAGGGCCAGCUGCCAGGCCUCUCCACGCAAAACUUCAUAUUGCCCUUUUUUAAUUUCAACCCCUCUCCUAUCAUCACCCAUUCCUAUCCCCACCCACCUUUCAAAACCACACCGAGUAGCACAGCUUAAAGGGUUGAAGAGAGGAGCUCUCUACCGGUGAUGUGCUUCCUGCCAAGGCGGCCCAAACCUUGUAAGGCAAGCGCCCGGGAGACACCGCUACGGUCUGAAGAACAACCAGCCCACUUGACAUUUCUAUUAGAAUAAUGGAACCCGAUUGCCACCAGCAGGAAGUCCAUCUUCACAGGUGCCAACGCGUCUGUCAAACCCGUAAUCCCCAAAAAAGAGUACGGAAGAUCGGAGGAGGAAGGUUCUAAAAUCGAAUUUGUGGGCGGAUACCAGAAAAGAACAAAAACAGUGGAUUAGGUGACCCUGGAGCCCUUUUCUUCCUGGCAGUCCCCUCUGAAUCAUCACGCUCCAAUUGUGACGUCGCAGACGCCCGGCUCCGGCAGGCGUGGGAUGCCCUCACCCAACCCGGGAGCCUCGAGGCGUCACCGCGCGUCCGCACGCGGCCGUCCCCGGGGAAAAGAGGGGGCGGCGGCCUGGCGGAUGCUGAGGUCUCGAUCCAGGGCGGAGCGAGGCAGCGCGCCACCCGGCUUCGCCUUCCCCUCCGCUGACCUCCGCCGCGCUCCCCGCCCUCGCCCUCGGCUGAGCCCGCGGCCAGACGCCUGGCGCCCCUCUGCUAGCCGCCCUCGCCCCGCCACCUCCUCCUCCGCGCUUUCCUCCUCCUCCUCCCCCGCCUCUUCCGUUUCUGGAGGGAAAGGCUGCACCCUCUUUCUUGGCUCCGCAUCCCUGGCUUAGGUAAUACGUUUUCCUCCUUAACGCCCCUCUCGCCCCGGCGCCACUGCCCCCCUCCUCCUCGGAUCUGGGUCCCCGGGCUGGGCGAACAGCCUGCACCCCAUCGCCUCUGCUGACCGUAGUGUUUAGGUUCAGGUCAACCAAAGUGAAUCUUUGAACGUAUUCAUUCCUAAAAAAAAAAAAAGGCAUUUAGGUGACGGCCCAGAGGGUGGGUGCCAAUUCUCCCAGCAGCUGCAACUGAAAAGCAGGGUUCAGAAAUGUCAGCUAUCCUCCGGGAGCUGCUCUGUGUCUCGGAGAAAGCUGCCAACAUCGCCCGGGCGUGCAGGCAGCAGGAAGCCCUCUUCCAGCUGCUGAUAGAAGAAAAGAAAGAGGGAGAGAAGAACAAGAAGUUUGCAGUUGAUUUCAAGACUCUGGCUGAUGUGCUGGUACAGGAAGUUAUAAAACAGAAUAUGGAGAACAAGUUUCCAGGCUUAGGAAAAAAAAUUUUUGGAGAAGAAUCCAAUGAGUUUACUACUGAUUUGGGGGAAAAGAUUAUCUUGAGACUGUGUCCAACAGAGAAAGAAACAGUAGAGCUUCUUAGCAAAGUCCUUAAUGGUAAUAAGUUGGCUUCUGAAGCAUUAGCCAAGGUGGUUCACCAGGAUGUCACCUUUACUGACCCAACUCUGGAUUCAGUGGAGAUCAACAUUCCACAGGACAUUUUGGGAAUUUGGGUGGAUCCCAUAGAUUCAACUUAUCAGUAUAUAAAAGGUUCUGCUGACGUUAAAUCCAACCAAGGAAUCUUCCCCAGUGGACUUCAGUGUGUCACCAUUUUAAUUGGUGUCUAUGACAUACAGACGGGGGUGCCCCUGAUGGGAGUCAUCAACCAACCUUUUGUAGCACAAGACUUACAUACCCUCAGGUGGAAAGGACAGUGCUACUGGGGGCUUUCUUACAUGGAGACCAAAAUCCAUUCCCUUCAGCCUUCCAUCUCUAAAAGAAACAGCAGUGACACCCGGAGCCAACUGACCACAAACACCAGCUCUGAGGCGGAAUUCUCCCACCAGUUUUCAGCUGUCAUCAGUACGAGUGAAAAGGAGACCAUCAAAGCUGCACUGUCACGUGUGUGUGGAGAGCGCGUGUUCCCAGCAGCUGGGGCUGGUUACAAGAGCCUCUGUGUUGUCCAAGGCCUUGUUGACAUUUACAUCUUCUCAGAAGACACCACCUUCAAGUGGGACUCUUGUGCUCCUCAUGCCAUACUCAGGGCCAUGGGUGGGGGAAUGGUAGAUUUGAAAGAAUGCUUGGAAAGAAAUCCAGAAACGGGGCCUGACUUACUACAGUUGGUGUACCACGUGGAAAACGCAGGUGCUACUGGAGUGGAUCGGUGGGCCAACAGGGGUGGACUGAUUGCAUACAGAUCAAGGAAGCAGCUGGAGACAUUCCUGAGCCACCUCAUGCAAAACCUGGCAGAUACACAUACAUAGACGGACUUUGUCCUCAUGUUCUUGUAAACCAAACUGUGAAACGAUUUCCUACAUCUCUAUCUUUUGAAGAUAGCUUUGUUCUAUUGAUGGUCGGCAUUCAACUUCCUCUUUUGAGGAGCAUUUUUCCAUUAUGUGUUCAUAAUGUUAAUUUCAAUAAAGGAAUGACAGUCAUGCAGCAGUUAAA